AUGUCUGGCAAGACCCAUGUGCCAGAAGGAUAUAACAUGGAUGCAGAUGGGUCUCUGAUAGUAGAUGGUGCUACCAACAAGCAUCAUGAGGUGAUUUCCCCUAGUGAGGGUAUCGAGGAGCAUUAUGUUGAAGCCUCAGGUGCUAUGUGGCACUACUGUAAGAUUGGGGGGAUGGCGAUAGAGCUACACAUGAUGCCUGAUCCUGCCAUGCCCCUGGCAUGCUACCAUGGGUUUUGCAAUAUUCUUGAUGGGGCAAAGAGUGGCUUGACCAUUUUACUGGAGGUUGUGAAGAGAGGCACAAAGCUAUGCCAAAAGCACUCCACAGAGUGGAAAGAAAAUGUACCGAAAUGGAUCGGGGUAGCCAACCCUCAAAGUCCACCACCUGGUGCUGGAGAGGGGGUAGCUUCUGGGCUAUUAUGGCUGAGCCCUGCUGACCGGGAAUCAGCGGCUGGAAAAAAAUCCAUGCCUGGAGUAGGCAAGGAAGUUUCAAGAUUUCCCACACUUCAUCAUCCCAGCUCAGGGAUGGGUCACCAUGCCCUCGGUGCCAUUGAAACCCAGCUAGUUCAUGAGGUAUCCAUGGAUAUCGAUGUUUUGUAUGGGUAUACCAAUCAGGACUUUGCAUGCUGUCAAACAGCACCGCCGGUCUUUCAGCUCUGGGACCGGUCCACUGAUGCAGUACAUUCAAGUCCAACCAGUCCAGCGAGGCAUUAG